CAUAUCCUUCUCGUGUCUCACAUCUAUUCCUUCAAAAGUCAUCACAAGGCAAGAGCACAAUUUCAGCAGUUCCGACAAAGAUAACCCAAUCACGAGCUUCUACCACGCGAGUACUCCACUUGAGCGGCUACUCCCAGUUGUGACGUAGCGCAGUUUAGCCCCACGUCGAACAGUGAGUGGUCGGAAAUGGUUGGUCUAUUGCUAGGCAGUGCACUACUCAGCAACCUUGCCCGAUUAUUCGACACCGUCUUCACCCACUCCAUUCGAGAGCUUCAUCAAUAGCAUCUAUACCAGCAGUCUCUGACAUCUUGUCGAGGGUCUCGCGGCACUCGUUUAUCCGAAGUCCGUCUGCUCGCUGUGUGACUUCUUACAGAGCAAGCUACGCGGUGCCACAUCGCAUCAUUACCUGGACAGUCACAGUCACAGUCACGUACAAGUACACUCUCGUUCAUCAGCAUCGGACCUCAAUAUGGCCGAUGUCAUGAUCCAGACCCCUCCGGUACUUCAAGGUCCAUCAGAGAAGGAGCGGAAAUAUGACCGCCAACUCCGACUUUGGGCUGCCUCUGGUCAGGCUGCUCUCGAGUCGGCCAAUAUUCUCCUCGUUAACUCCGGUGCUGGUACUGUCGGCGUUGAGACUUUCAAGAAUCUUGUUCUGCCUGGUAUUGGCCGAUUCACCAUUGCCGACCAGAACGCUGUAACUCAUCAAGAUUUGGGUGUCAAUUUCUUCGUAGAUGAUAGUUGGCUGGGCAAGUCCAGAGCUGAAGCUUGCACCAAUUUUCUCUUGGAACUUAACCCUGAAGUACAGGGUGAAUGGUAUCCUAAAACCCAGGAUGAAUCUUUCCACCUAGAUCACCUUCUCAGUAGCUCGCCAACAUUCACCAUGAUCCUAUAUGCUCUGCCUUUGCCUCAAGAUCAGGUCCAGCUAAUUCAAAAUUAUUCUCACCAAUAUAAAAUUCCUACAAUUGCGGUUCAUUCCGUGGGAUACUACUCCUACUUCAAGACCACCUUACCCGGCACAUUUCCUAUCGUUGACACCCAUCCCGACGAGACCGCCACUACAGAUCUGCGACUUCUAGCCCCUUGGCCUGAACUCCUUGAGUUUUCCCAGAGCAUGACUGAAAACAUCGACAACCUCGAUAGUCAUGAGCAUGGUCACUUACCUAUGGUCGUCAUUCUCCUUCAUUAUCUAGAGCAAUGGAAACAAGCUCACGACGGCGAUUACCCUACCAGCUACAUCGACAAGACCGCAUUCCGCAAAACUGUCUCCGAAGCCAUGAGGACAGACAACCCUGAGGGAGGUGAAGAGAAUUUUGAAGAGGCUAUAGCUGCUGUGAUGAAGCAUGUCGUAACCCCCUCCCUUCCUAGUUCUCUUCGACAAGUCUUUGACUAUGUGCACCAAGAUCCUGAGGAGAUCAAAUCUGGCUUCUGGGUCAUCACAGAGGCUGUGAAACGAUUCUAUGACGAACAUGGCCGUUUACCUGUCCCUGGAGGACUGCCUGACAUGAAGGCUCAAUCCAACGUGUACAUCAAACUACAGAACAUCUACAAAGAACGGGCUCGCCAGGAUGUUGGUCAAGUUUUGGAAACCGCUCGAAGUCUUCCUGGCGGUCAGGACGUGGACCCCGAGCAGGUCGAGCUCUUCUGCAAGAAUGCUCCUUUUAUCAAGCUCAUUAAUGCCCCUGGAGACAAGACUACCAGUCUCGAUAAGCUUGUCGAACAAGAGCUAGCAAACGACGAGAUGUCAGCCUUUGCUGGGCCCGAGAUGCCUCUAUCCCUGGUCCCACUGUACCUCGCCCUGUUGGCAACAUCAAAUACCAAGACUGCUUCUGCAGAUGAGAUUAUGGGUUUCAUUGGUAAGGCCGCACCAAAAGCCACGGAAAAUGAACGUUACAAGAAGACUGCCCAAGAGGUUGAGCGCGCGGCCGGCGGCGAGCUUCACAACAUAUCAGCCCUCACGGGUGGCAUGGUUGCUCAAGAGAUGAUCAAGAUCAUCACCAAGCAAUAUGUGCCCAUCGACAACACUUGUAUCUUCGACGGUAUCGACAGCCGUUGUCAGGUCCUCCGCCUGUAAAAAGUAUCAGCCCUUGGAGGUAUCUUAUGGGAAAGAUGGAAACGGAGUAAUGUCACGAUUAAUGACUGGAUAGAAGGAUUCACAAUAGAAAACAUCGCAUCGAACGACUUUGAAAAGCAGCAAUGGACAUCGUGGAGUAGCUCAACGUGGUAGGGUCUCCUGACGCCAUCUUCUGAAUGAGAACAGGUUUCGGUUUCAACAUCGCGAUUCUCCCUCAACCCCAACCACAGAUAUCGACCACGUGUUCGCCGCAGCCGUGAACAAAAGACGAUACUUCCCAUAUGAAGCAAGAAGCCCAAGACAAGAAGAGACACACAUCCAGCAAAAAACAUACAACAGCGGGGAUUCGCUGGUCGUCACCGACCCAACUACUAAUCCGCCGGUUAGUGGCUUGACUAUGGGAGAGCGGACGGGAUCCCGUAUUUUCCACUACCUUUGGUCGUAUGUGCUUGACAUGAUGAUGGUGUUGCUUAUGGCCACUUCGUCCUGCAUGUUCUAUGCAUUGAAGCGUCCGGGACGUCUCCCGAUGUUCCUGGCAUAUGAGCAGGUCAUGUUGCUUGACUAAGACAGUCCCACUAUCAGAACUAGUCACGUUUCAUCGAAAGACUGCGUUUCCGCAGUCUCCUGAAAUCAUGAGUACGUACAAACAAGGCCUCAUUCGGUGAUAGUUGUGGGUUGCGGGGCCAUCAACACUCCUGGCAUCAAACAUGUCAUCUCGAUAUCAGGCCAGGAACCGGUGAGGAAUUACGUUCCUUUUUGCCAUCGUAAGAUAACUAUACUAAAGUUUAGCUACCUAUAUUCUGGCAAGGGACGUUGUGGCUAACGAAUUAGCGCUGUACUUGAGUUCGCCUGCCACGAGCUCCUUGCCCCAGCAAAACUGAUCAAGUCAUCCACCGUCAGUCACCCUUGCUGAAUAUUGCCAAUUGUUAAAAGCCUCUUCCUGCCGAAAACUCUCUCUCGCAUCUUCCCGAGAUACCUAUAUACGCUAGCAGGGUUGCCUGAGUCGCAUCUGCCUCUGGAUCGACGCUCUUGUUGCUGGUGUGGAGGCUGUGAGAACUUUGACGGGAACUCUCUAGAAACGACCGCAAUCAUCAAGGUACAACCUAGCUUGCUAGUCUCAUAGGGCUACCAGUAAGUCCUCUUAUUGUUCAGCUUUAGCGAAGAAUGCGGGAGCUUCAAUGGAGGUGGAUUGGGAGGGAGUGUUUCUUUACCCCGGACGUCAGGUGGCAAGCGCUCUACCACGUCUCAAGUUGAUCAACAGUCGUAUCAAGGGCGGAUCACGGAAUGGCUUACCACUCACCGCUUUAUGGCAAUACGACGUCUUCUUUCAGCAAAGCUUUUGCUCUUGCUGGACGUCGCCACCGCCUCUACAUCGACUGCCAAGUUCUUCAAGCCUAGUGCUGUCUGACCUCCGCUGUAAGGUACGCACAACCUGCAUGUCCAAGUAGCAAUUGAGGCCAAGAGUGUAACAAAGACCUCAUGUCCAAGUUUGUGCAAUGUAGUUGUUGAUCGUGUAUUGGUGGCGGCCUAUAUUCCUAUGAAGCAGGUCGGAUGUCCAGCACUGCCCCUAUAAUACGUCCGGAGGUUUAUUACCACAACAACGAAAACAUCAUUAGACUCAUGGCUAAUAACAAAGUUUACCUAACGCGCCGGAUCUCAUGUGGAUCUCGCAAGGAGCACUGUCUCCAGCCAUCACUCGGCUAAGCUAUAUUUGAUGUAUAUGAUGGCCUUGUCAAACUGUAGGUUUGGUGACCUCUGGUCACAUCUGUACAUGAACCACGGGAUAUUAGGCGAAAUCGAAUCAAUCUUCGGCAUUAUUUUGGGCCGUCUCUGCUAGUCUACACUUGGCACCGAAUUUCGGCGGCUACUAGUCUGAACGAGUGCAAGCUCAUGGGGUCUCCAGUGCCGGAUUUGAGGGGUGCUGCCAUGACAUGUUAUCAGAUCGAGUCACAUAUGGGGUAUAUAAGUGCCACUAUACUGUUUUCUUCACUGCUGCUGGGGAUGUUACAGGGGCUCUCAGCAUUCUACAAGUAUUAUGAUCGACGGAAAUGCAAAAGGACCGUGACCGGAUGUUAACGACGUGCCUAUCAGAGGACAGAAUGAGGUUCUUUCUUCAAGAUUCUAGUAUCUGGUGUGACGGAGAGCCCGAGAUUUCCGAGAUCUUUUCCAAGGUUUAACUGUAGCUCUGCUUCAUGCCUCGCCAGAACAGGAUUUUCGUGUUUGUGUCCAGGGCGUGUCGAGUGUUGCCAAAGCCAAAGUGCUCAGGGCAGCAGAGUAUUCAAUAUUCAUGCAAAACGUCAGAAAGAAGCAAAGAAUAGGGUGUUGAGCUGCUGAUGGAGGGUUAGUUCUGGGUUGAGUUUAUUCUUGAUAGAGACAAUGUCCGAUGUUGAAUCCGGGCAUAAUGGUAACCACGGGUUUACGCUCCGACUGGCCGCUCGACCUGGAAUCUCAGGCGUGGCUUUGAAGUGUCCAGCGCAUGCAUACAGACAGACAGACAGACAGACGUAUCCGUACAUGUCGAUGAAUUAGAUGAGGGCAGAAUCACGAAGCUGUUUGGAAUGGCUCGUUACAGUCAGACCCAUCCGGCCGGAGGGGCAGAGGCGGCCAUUUCUCGCGCCGAGGCUGAGGACAGCGGGCGAGAGCCUGCCAGAGUGUUCCGAUAGCCAACUCACGUGGGAACAUGGUCGGUAAAUCAGGCCGGCUCAUUCUGAAGUGGAUGAAUCUUGGCGCCGGGAACCCCAGGUCUUCGUAAACUGAAGAGAGCAGUGAGCGGGCCUCUGAAGGGAGUCUCCGAGUCUCGUGGAGCGUGACGAGCAGUGGACACGGAGUUCGGUAUCAGGACUAUUAUCCAGCCGGAUCACGGUCACCUUCCCUGAAAGGUAACCAGGGUCCGAAACAGUUGGAGGGCUUGGAGGGGAAAACCCGGGGUAGAAGUCGUGAGCUGGAGGGGAUUCAGAGAAACGGGCCGAGGAUCCCAGACCCUUGGUAGAGGGAGUAUUAACCAGAGUUCUGUGAGUGGUAUGAAAGAAGUCUCCGAUGGGUCGAUUAAUGAUCACACGCGCGAUGCGAGGCUCAUUUUUGACAAGAGUGCGUUCUGUACUCCGUACCUUGGGGAAGUUGGUGUCCCAUCCUCGGAGGUUGUCCAUGUGAACGAAUCGCUUGCCUUGCUUGAUUUGAUUUGAUUUGCUUCGCUU